GAGACGUUCUGAGUGCGAUGUGACGUUCCGUGUUUGGCACAAAAAAAUAAACACACUCAUCGUCCCAUAAAUUGUAAUUAAUGUUUUCUCUCUCACGAAGCGCUCAAACUAACCAUCAGUCCUAGGGUUCGGAACGAAACACGUUCGAGAUGGACUACCUAGGUGACAACGGAGGCCUAGGGCUCACCUCGGACCAAACCGAGAAGGUGCUGCAAUUCCAAGACUUAACUGGCAUAGAAGACAUGACGAUAUGCCGGGACGUGCUGCAGAGACACCAGUGGAAUCUGGAAGUGGCAGUCCAAGAGCAGCUGAAUAUCAGGGAGGGCAGGCCUUCGGUGUAUGCCUCGGAGUCUAGACCACCGGCAGUUGUAAGCGAUCAUUUAGGGCAGCAUAUCUACUACACGCCCCCGACAGACGGGUCUGGGUCAGGACUGAAGGGCUUACUUAAGACAAUGUUUAGUUUUAUGUGGAAUAUGUGCUACAGUACCCUGAUGACAGUGUUGCAAAUAAGCCGUCGAUUACUAGGUUUAGAAUUUCGGCCUCGAUCGGACCCCGUGCAGGAGGUCAUGGAGUUCAUCAGAACCUACGAGGAGAAGUAUUCUCGCGAACACCCGGUAUUCUACCAGGGAACCUUCUCCCAGGUCCUCAACGACGCGAAGCGCGAGCUACGCUUCCUCCUCAUCUACCUCCACGAUUCCGAGGCGACCGACACCGAGCUGUUCUGCCGAGACACCCUAUCCAACGUCAACGUCGUCCGCUACAUCAACCAGAACUUCCUGUUCUGGGGGUGCUCGGUCAAGUCCGACGAAGGCCGAAAGACCCUAAAUGCCGUUAAGGCCAACUACCACCCCUUCCUCUCUGUGCUGGUACUAAAAGAGAACCGUAUGACUAUAGUGGGCCGUAUGGAAGGUUAUUCCGAUUCCGGCUUGCUGUUGCAGAGGCUCACUUCCGUGGUAAACGAAUUCGAAAUCAACUUGGUGUCCGCGAGAGCGGACAGAUUUGAGGCUAGUAUUAAUAGAUCGUUGAGGAGCCAGCAGGACGAGGCGUUCAUGGAGAGUCUCAGGGCGGAUCAGGAGAAGGAGCGCAAGAGGGAGGAACAGCGGAUGGCCCAGGAGGCUGAACGGAGACGGGUGGAAGCGGAAGCGCGGGCUGAGGAGGAGCGCAGGCAGACUAUCGCCCGUGAGAAGAUCGAUUCGAUUAGCAAAGUUCCAGACGAACCGGAUGCUUCUCACCCGGACGCGGUUCAUGUCGUCUUCAAAUUACCAUGUGGCAGUAGACUCGAGAGGAGAUUUCUCAAAACACAUUCCUUAGAGGCUGUUUUCUACUUUGUAUUUUGCCAUCCGAACGCACCCGAUUCCUUCGAGAUCACCACGAACUUCCCCAAAAGGAUUUUGAAGUGUCGUCCGGAGAACAGAGAGAUGGUGGAGACCUUAGAGCAGGCGGGUCUGAAGAAUCGGGAGGUGUUGUUCAUCAACGACUUGGACGCAUGAACCUCGGAAAGGGCUUAAACGCAAUUACAUCCAAUCACCUCUAGAUGCAUACAUUUUUAGUGUCAUUAACUGAAGAAAUUGUAAAGUAACACUUUACGUUUUCUCAUUAUUUAUAUUAAAAAUUUGUUUACGUAGCUUAAGACAAUAUACAUUUACACUUCCUUUUUUAAUUUUCCGUCGGGAUUAGUUAGCGUUACUUACCGUUCAAAUUUGAGUUGUUUUUUUUUUACGCGGACCGGGUGUCAGGCUCGCCAUUUCCAGGAAAAACUAAGACUCGACUUGUUCAAGACGAGAAUGUGAUCCUAGUACGUUUUAGAUGGAUAUUUAAUGCAUUUAUAUAUUGCACCCUUGUGAUUUUUGUAAUAGGUCCUCUAUUUUCUAAGAAUUAACGAGGAUUCGUGUAUUUUUAAUAAAUGGUUCUUUUCCCUUUUUCAUAUGUAAAUAUGUAAAAAAAAAUAAUAAAUCAUUUUGUUGUUCCA